AGAAAUCAAUACAAAUGAAGAUGGCGGCUCCCACUGCUGUGACAUGCAGACAGUAGGGUCGCUUUCUAACAGGGACAGAGUCAAGUUUCCUGUUUGUGAAUAACAGUGGUCCAGGUGGAUUAUGGACGUGUUAUAAAUCAGACAUAACUAGGAGAGGAGUCCGCCAUGUUGGCAGCAGCAGCCUCCAGAGGGAAGGUCAGGUCCCUGUUCUCUUUGAGCAGGAGACUGUCCAGCAGCCAGUCUGGCUCACCGGACGAAACCCAGCACCCUCUCCCGGACAGCGAGCCUGAGCAGAAGUUGAGACCCAGAAAGGACCCCAGUGGCUGCUCCGUCUUCCUCUUUCCCGGCCAGGGGAGCCAGUUCAUGGGCAUGGGAAGUGGACUUUUGAAAUACCCCAAUGUGAAAGAGAUGUUCACGGUGGCUCAGAAGAUCCUCGGGUACGACCUGCUGUCUCUGUGCCUGGAGGGACCCGAGGAGGAGCUGAUGAAGACGGUCCACUGUCAGCCGGCGGUGUUCGUCACAUCACUGGCUGCGAUGGAGAGGCUCAACCAGGAGAACCCAAAGGCCAUUGAAACCUGUGUCGGUGCUGCAGGUUUCAGCGUUGGAGAAUUUGCAGCCCUUGUUUUUUCUGGUGCCAUGAACUUUGCAGAAGCUUUGUAUGUAGUAAAAGUGCGAGCAGAGGCCAUGCAGAAAGCCUCUGAGCUGGUUCCCAGUGGGAUGCUCUCAGUCAUCGGGAGACCCCAGGCUCAGUACAAAAACGCCUGUCUCCAGGCUAAAGAGCACUGCAAGAGCCUGGGCAUGGAGGAGCCGGUCUGCUCUGUGGCUAACUAUCUAUUCCCUGAUGGCAGGGUCAUUGCAGGACACCAGCAGGCUUUGGAUUUCCUCCAGAAAAACUCAAGACGCCUCCAGUUCAUGAGGACCAAACCUCUUCCUGUGAGCGGGGCGUUUCACACUGAGCUGAUGCAGACAGCUACUGAACCUCUCAGAGAGGUGCUCCGACAGGUGGAGAUCUGUCGCCCAGAGAUCAACGUGUACUCCAACGUGGACGGCAAACGCUACAUGAGCGAGAGCCACAUGCGCAGGCAGCUGGUGAAGCAGUUGGUGUCGCCGGUGAAGUGGGAGCAGACUCUGCACGAGAUCUUCGAGAGGGCGCAGGGGACCAAGUUCCCUCACACCUACGAGCUGGGCCCGGGGAGGCAGCUCGGUGCCACGCUGCAGAAGUGUAACAGGAAGGCCUAUACAAAUUACACACAUGUGGAAGCCACCACCCAUGAGGACUGAGAUGUUUACUCUGUGAUGUGGUGGAGAAAUGGGCCAUUGAGCUUGUUUUAAAGUGGACAAUAUAUGUUAAACCUGGAAGCUCCUGUGGUUGCUUCUUACCAUAAAUAAAUUCUUAUUUUUUAUGAAUGA